AGCCGCCGUGGGGGUCGGAGCGGGAGGGCCGGCAGCGCCGCGGCGUCCGAAGCGCCGCGAUCCGCGCUCGGGAAGGAACCCCUGAGGUGAGGCGGGCGCUCCCGGCUCCCACGCGACCGCCUCGCCUCGACGUUCCCGACGUCCCCGGAGGCGCGGCGGCCUGGGCCCGCCCCGUCGCCACGUCCCGCGUUCGAGUUAAACCCCGGCGCGGGCGGCAGCCAAAGCCCGGGAAUGCAGGGGGCGACGCGUCCUGUGGCCGCCAUUCCUCAGGCAGCGCCGGUGACGGUCUCGCCGGGUGCCCUCCGCGGGCCGCCCCCUGCUCGUGGCCCGUCCAGCCAGCCCGAGCGCGGCGCCGGACCCCUCCGUGCGGCCACGCGCGACCGUGGGCAGCUGUGGUCCUGAGGGACGUGGGCGCGUGUGCGGGGAGCCCCGCGCCGGGAGGGGUCUUGGCGGGCGCGGGGCCGCCUCGCCCCGGGGACACUCCCCCAGGCGCCUCUCCCGGACUUCGUAGGGGAAGGUCAGGUGCGUCACGUGAGUGACCCCCACUGUCACUCACCUGCGGGGAGGAACCGGGCCCAGCAGGACUGGCUCGGGGUGCCGUGGGACCGGAAGCGGGGCGUCCCCCGCUCGCGUCCACCCCCCAGCCCGGCGCCGCGGGCUUCGGGAAAAGGGACACGCGCGCACGCGCACCCGUGGGCCGGCCAGGCGCCCCCUCCGCGUGUGACCGCGACCCGCCAGCCCGAAGCGCGGGCUCCGGCCGCCGCCGCCGCCCUCCCAGCGUCAAGAGAGUCUGUUCCUAUCAAUUACUGAAGCCAUAAGGAAAAAAAUUGGAACUAUCAUGAUGAGGUGUUGUCACAUCUGCAAACUUCCUGGCCGAGUGCUGGGCACCCGCGUGCUCCGCCUCUCUCUGGUGGCCGUCCUCGUGCUGCUCCUGGUGGCUGGCGCGCUGACCACUCUCCUUCCCAACAACAAAGACGACAAGAUGCUCUCGUGGCGGAGGGAGGUGAAGGCCCAGGGCCAGCCCGCCCUGGCUUCCUUCACUCUCAUCAUGCAGACGUACAACAGGUCGGAUCUGCUGCUGCGGCUGCUCAAUCAUUACCAGGCGGUGCCGCAGCUGCACAAAGCCAUCGUGGUGUGGAACAAUGUUGGGGAGAAGCCACCGGAGGACUUAUGGAACUCUCUGGGGCCGCACCCCGUGCCCGUGAUCUUCAAACCCCAGACCACCAACAGGAUGAGAAAUCGGCUCCAGGCCUUCCCUGAGCUAGAGACCCAGGCGGUGUUAAUGGUCGAUGACGACAUGCUAAUUAGCGCCCAGGACCUUGUGUUUGCUUUCUCCGUUUGGCAGCAAUUUCCUGACCAAAUUGUAGGAUUUGUCCCCAGGAAGCACGUUUCCACCGCGUCGGGCGUCUACAGCUACGGAGGCUUUGAGCUGCAGACACCGGGCGUGGGGGACGGUGACCAGUACUCCAUGGUGCUGAUUGGCGCCUCCUUCUUCAGCAGCAAGUACCUCGAGCUCUUCCAGCGGCAGCCCGCAGCUGUCCACGCCCUGGUCGAUGACACACAAAACUGUGACGACAUUGCCAUGAACUUCCUCAUUGCCAAGCACACGGGGAAGACUUCGGGGGUGUUUGUAAAGCCUGUAAACAUGGGCAACUUGGAAAAAGAAACCAGUGGGGGCCAUUCGGGAAUGUGGCAUCGAGCGGAGCACUUCCUGCAGAGGUCUUACUGCGUCAAUAAGCUCGUCAGCGUCUACGGCGGCAUGCCCCUCAGGUACUCCAACCUCAUGAUCGCUCAGUUCGGCUUUCCCUAUGCCAACCACAAAAGUAAGCUGUGAACGCCAAGCAGAAACAAACACACGGCUUAGCAGUAGAGUAGCUUCUUCAUACUGUGGAUGCUUGUUUGUUUUUAAGCAACAUCAUGAACUUUUAUCCACCUGGAAGUCUCUACAAAGGAAAAAAUUGCAGCACUUCUUGGAUGUAAAAGCCACAUGAACUUCAAAACCCAAGAGCUGGGGAGGCUUCUUGUGAGGAGUGUUCGCGCAUGGACAUAACUCCCGGGUCAGUGACUUGAUCGUGCAUUCUGAAACGGCCCUGCGGUUUCUUUGAUGCCUGGCACUUGCCUUAGGGACCCAUCGUGAGCUGUUUCCAGGACCAGAAGCGUUUCAGCUUUUUCAUUCAAGGACAGGCGCUUGCAUUCGAAGCCUGAGAUGCUCCUUAGCAAAGCCCGUGGAGCUGGGAAAAGGCACGAGGAGCGAUAGGUCUCACCCAUAUCACACUGGAACUUUCCUGACUCGGUGUUCAGCGUCCCUGUGGUCCCCAGCCAGCCUUCCCAGGGCUGACUCAGCCUGGCUCAGCUGGGGGGCAACCAUCGUGCUUUUCUCUCUGUCCGUAAGUCUGCGGGACUCUGGGCUUCAUGAAAUAGCUGAAGGCCGUCUCUGUUCUGCUUGAUCUCCAUGAGUGUUUCCUGCAUGGAUCAUGGGAAAGUGCAGCUGCUGUUUUUAUAAGCAGCUAACAUGCGGCAAAGAGUCGAUGUUUUACCAGGUUCAGGUAGUGCAUUUUUGUCACUGAGCCUGACCUUGAGAUGGUACAUUGGUUUUUAUAUUUUAUAAAAUAUCCCUUCUGAAAGAAUGUUGAGUAGGUACAGGCAGAAGUCAAAACUCUAGUAUCAAAAGAUCUUUACUGUGGGGCAUAGGUUAUAACAUGGAUGCUAGAGUCGUGUGUGUUAUACACAGUCUCUUGCAUUCAGAACUUUUUUUUUUUCUCUCCCAAAAAAAGAUCUAAGGCACUAUUCAUCAUGAAAUUUUGCUUACAUAGAUACAGGAAAAAAUAAGGGAUCUUCCUCAUGGUGGAGGAAUUCUGUAGGGAGUCUGCACAGGUUACGUUACAUUGCCCACACUGCUGUACGAGCUAGUAUGUGUUCCACGGUGUCUGUUUGGUCCUUGCUCACCACUGGCAGCGAGGAGCACUUAUGUAGGCCUCUGUCUUCCCCUCUUCCUCCUCCCCAUCCCCCUCUCCCUCCCCCUCCCCCUCCCCCUCCUCCUCCUCUUCCCAUAAUGCCAUUCUAUCCCCACAAUUGCAAAGCUGUGAAAACAUUAUAAUAAUCCUGGUUUAUGUUCCAACAAUGAGGUCUUUGUGUAGUUAGUCCAGUACGUGUUGUUUCUUUUGCAUUGGCAUGUGUGUGUGCUAAUGCAGUCAGAUAAAGCCAGUAGAAAGCAGAACCUCUAAGAAUGUAAUGUUACUAUCUGCUCUGUCCUCUUGGGAUUGCACUGUCACAUAAAUAAAAUGAGCUUUUAC